AUGCCUUCUGCCUCCGAGGUCCAGGCACCUUCCGAAACCGCACAAGAACUGUUCUACUUGUCACUGAACUCUUCUUCACAAACGACUGUGGUCCUUCUUCACGGUCUGCUAUCGUGUAACUUGGAAUACGCAGAGGUGAUUCCCUAUCUCUCUGCCUACCACCUUCUAGUUGUGGACCUGCCCGCACAUUCUGGGUCUAUCUCCGUCAAGCCGUUCUCGCUUUCCAUAGCCGCUGACCUAGUGGCAAAAUUGAUCCGCAAGCAUGCUCACAGUGGCCGGGCUCACGUCGUAGGACUGUCUAUGGGAGGCUUUACGGCUCUCGAGGUGGCCAAGCUCCAACCUGAUGUGGUUGAGUCAUUGUGGGUUACUGGUGCAGCACCCUUCCAGGGCUGGUUCACAUGGUUCGCCGAACGGCCAAAACUCGUGUAUGGCUUUAUGAAUCUCCUGACCAACUGGCUCCCGCGGUGGUUGUAUAAUUACGCGGCGUCCUGGCGGGGAUUGCACAUCCCAACAGGGCUGAUUGAAGAGCAGAAAAAGAAUCUGGACAGCAAAACCGUCCGACAGGUGUACGCGAGUAUUCUGACUAUGACGUUGGAAGAGGUCCAGAAGAUAUCGGUGAGAACCUUGUCGGUCGCCGGUGGGAUUCAGGACGAUGUCGAUGCAACGAGGAAAAUGGGUCUCGUUCUAAAGAUGAAGAAUGAAAAGAGCAAGGCGGUGCUCGUGAAGAAGGCGGUGCAUGCGUGGGAUUUACAGCAUCCACAGCUGUUUGCGGAUGGCAUCAAAGCAUGGAUCGAAGAAAAGCAGCUGCCCGCAGAGUACGAGGACUUGUGA